AUCGUCUAUUCUAGAACGAGUUCAAGAACGAUUGGGUUGCAUGUGUCCGUUAGGGUCGCGGAGUGUAUGCCUAACCCUAAACCCCUCACCGCGCCAAUUGCUUGUUCAUAUAAAAGCAGUCAUGGCCGAACUCCAGAGCACUUAACCCAUCUGGGAGUAAAAUUGAGUGCACAUCCUCCAAAUACGUGAAUCGCUACCACAAUUCCCUUCGACAUCGCCGCAUUAGCAAGUCUUACUUCUGAACGCUAACGCCCCUUUGUUGUGGAAGUUGUAUACACUCCAAGCGAAUAAAUGCCGCAACUCCUCUUUGUUCCUUUUGAUAGUCAGCCGUACUUCACCGACGUCAGCGACUUCAAGGCUUUGAAGAAGCUUCUACACGUCCGACAUAUGAAGGAUGUAUCAUUCCCUAUCGUAGUCGUAGAACGCGAUGGUUCCGGGCAAGAUUGCUACUUUCGAGGCCAAGUGCAACUCACGUAUGAUAGCCAUGAUGCACGACGCUCGCCUGACGCGGUUAAUCGAAACUUACCGUUUGUGUGCGGCAACGCGGCUGUACUUGCGACAUACACUCUCCACGUCGAUGACACCGACGAACCCGAACGGACGAUUUUGGACUUGUCGCGAGUCCUCCGACAAGAGGUAGCAAUCGACUUGUUGCGAUUUAUGCAUCUCAAAAUGCUGCUCAACGACAUUCGGUUGGAGACGCGGGACCUUCAGUACGAAGUCAUGCAAUUAAUUGCGCAAACAGGAUCACAGCCCGCAGCUGGAGCAAAUCCCAUCAGUGAGGACGACUGCGAAAGGGAAGCCGAAACGCUGAGUGACCUCUCCAGCUUCCUGGGAAAACGAAGUACCAAUCUGUUCAGGGAAAGAUGCACGGCGGAACACGAGUUGAACCGGCUCGAUGUUGACCACAGCGCGUUCAUGGCUAUAGCAACUGAACAUUUCUCACCGGACGAAUAUAUCUUGCGCAAAUUUGUACUUGGGGAGCAAGAGUAGUUUAGUUUGUCGUUCGGUGGCUCAAGCAUCGUUCGAGGCUUUGAGUUGCGUUACCGUCGGGAACGGUCAACCUCUUCGCGGGGAUGGCGCGUUGGGAACCAGAAUAAAGCAUCUUAACAUCCCAAGGGUAUUUAUGCUCAUUCUCCCAGGAAUACUUCGCCGGAGAAAGGGGUCUCCCCCACCCUGCGCAUAUAUGGGAAGCGUCUCAUAGAUUCGAGUAAUGUCAAGUGUCUUUAUGAUUUUAUAUCACCAAUAUAGCUUUAUACCCC